AUGGAUCCGUGGGAGGAGGAGGAGGAAGAGGAGGAGGAGCCGGAGCCGGAGGUGAUUUUCGGGGAUGAGGGGGAGGAAGAUCCCUACGAUCCCAACGGGAUCCAGGGAACCCCAGACUCGAACCUUCCCCUUCCGGACGAUCCCGAAAUCGUGGAAUUAGAUCCCGGCAGCCUCUUCCCCAACCCCGACCUGUCGGAGCGGGAAACUUUGCGUUGGACCGUGGUGCAACAAAUCGACCCCGGGACGUCGGGGAAAAGCGGGAAGAGGAGCCCGAAAUCCCAAAGUUUUUCCAAUUUCAAGAGCAUCAUCGUGCUCCAGAAGAGCUACGAGUGCUCGGAGUGCGGGAAAAGCUUCAGCUGCAGCUCCCAUUUCUCCAAGCACCGCCGGACGCACACGGGGGAGAAACCGUUCCGGUGUUUCCACUGCGGGAAAAGCUUCAACGUCUCCUCCAACCUUUACCGGCAUCAACGCGGCCACGGCGGCGCCGAUCCGGCUCCGGAAAAGCCCCGCGGUUUUCCUUACAAGUGUCAGGAGUGCGGGAAGAGUUUCCGGCGGAAUAAAGAGCUGGCGACCCACCGGCGGCUCCACACCGGCGAUUUGCCCUUCCGAUGCGGCGAUUGCGGGAAAAGCUUUUCCUGGAGUUCCCACUGGCUCCGGCACCGGCGGAUCCACACCGGAGAGAAACCCUACGAGUGCCCGGAAUGCGGGAAGAGCUUUUCCAGGAGUUCCCAUCUCUACCGGCACCAACGCGGCCACGCCGGGGGUCGCUCGUACAUCUGCACCUACUGCGGGAGGAGUUUCGGCAGCAUCCUGCAUUUCGAGCGGCACCAAGGGACUCACACCGGGAUGAGACCCUACAAAUGUUCCCUGUGCCGGAAAAGCUUCGGAGACGCUCCGGCUUUGGUGAAACACCAAGGGAUUCACCUCGGGGAAGGCCCUUUCCGCUGCGAGGAAUGCGGGAAAGGCUUCGGAGCGCGAUCCCAGUACGCCCGGCACCGGCGGAGUUUCCACGGAGGCGCCGGCGAGGAGAAGCCGUAUCGGUGCGGGGAUUGCGGGAAGAGCUUUUCCUGGAGUUCCCACUGGGAGCGGCACCAGCGGAUCCACACCGGGGAGAAACCCUACGAGUGCCCGGAAUGCGGGAAGAGCUUCGGGAGAACUUCCCACCUCUACCGGCACCAGCGGACGCACGCCGGGGGUCGGCCCCACGUCUGCGGGGAGUGCGGGAAGAGUUUUAAUUCCACCCUCCACUUCCAGAAGCAUCUGAGGGCGCACGGAGCCGGAUCCCGGAAAAGCUGCGGAGACUGCGGGAAAUCCUUCUCGGAUCCGUCGGCGUUGGCCAAGCACCGGAGGAUGCACGAGGAAGGGAAAAAAAUCGGGAAGUGCGCGGGGGAAUCCCAAAAAAUACGGAAAUGUGCGGAGGAAGCCCAAAAAAUUGGGAAGCGUGCGGAGGAGGAAUCCCAAAAAAGCGGGAAAUGGCUGCGAGAAUCCCAAAAAUUUGGGAAGUGUGCGGAAGAACCCCAAAAAAUCGGGAAGUGCGCGGAGGAAUCCCAAAAAUUCGGGAAGUGUGCGGAGGAAGCCCAAAAAAUUGGGAAAUGCGCGGAGGAAGCCCAAAAAAUUGGGAAGUGUGCGGAGGAAUCCCAAAAAUUCGGGAAUUGCGCGGAGGAAUCCCAAAAAAUCGGGAAAUGCGCGGAGGAAUCCCAAAAAUUCGGGAAGUGUGCGGAGGAAUCCCAAAAAUUCGGGAAGUGUGCGGAGGAAGCCCAAAAAAUUGGGAAGUCAUCCGUCAAAACCCGACGGAUCCACGAGGAAUCAUCCCAAAAAACGGGGAAAUCCUCGGUCGAAUCCCAGAAAAUCUGCGGCGAGUGCGGGAAAUCCUUCCUGGAUCCGUCGGCGUUGGCCAAGCACCGGCGGAUCCACGAUCCCGGCCGGAAUUCCGGGAUGGGAUCCCAGAUCCGGCGGCAGCUGCGGAGUCACGGAACCGCCUCCAGCGGCACCGGGAGCGGGAGCGGGAUCCGGCUCGGAUUUGGGAUUUUGGGAUUUUGGGAGGAAUCUCCCAAAUUUGGGGUGAGGAUGCAGGAGAAUUACGAGAACGUCAUUUCCUUGGCCGAGGAAAUCGCCAUCAGUUGGCCCCGGAUCACGGCGUUCGCCGAAUCCCACCGGAGACGGGGGCUGCUGUCAGCUACAGAAGCCGAGGGGGACCAAAACCACCCCGAGCCCCCCCCGGCGCCGCCCCCUCCCCCCGGGGGUUCCGGCGGUGGGGGAGGGGCGGAGCCGGAUCUGCGCCGGCAGCUGGGGCUGAUCCUCCAAACGGCCGGGAGGAGCCAGGUGGAAAAAAUGCUCCGGGAAUUGGUGCGGGAACAAGGCCAGGCCGGAAAACGCCGGAACCGGAGGAGAACGGCCAAAGACCGGGGUGCCGGCGCCGGCAGCGGCCCCGAGGACGAUCCGGCCCCUCCGGCAACCCAAGACCCUCCCCAAGCCCCACCCGAUCCCGACCUUUCCGUCGGGAAGAGCCGGAAAACCCCGGGGCCGUGCUCGGAGUGCGGCAAAAGCCCGGCCAAACCCCGGUGCCUCUCCGCCGAGAAGCCGCACCUCUGCGGCGACUGCGGCAAAGGCUUCAGCCGCGGCUCCAACCUGGCGCAGCACCGGCGCAUCCACACCGGCGAGCGGCCGCACCGCUGCGGCGACUGCGGCAAGGGAUUCAUCCAGCGCUCCGACCUGGAGCGGCACCGGCGCGUCCACACCGGCGAGCGGCCGUACCCCUGCGCCGACUGCGGCAAACGCUUCAGCGUCAGCUCCCACCUGGACCGGCACCGCCGAACCCACGCCGGCGGGCCGGGACCGCCGCAGCGAGCCCGCGGGAAGGCGGCUCCGGCGGAGCCGGCGCCUCACAUGUGCCUGGAUUGCGGGAAGAGCUUCGGGCAGCGCUCGGCGUUGGCGAAACACCGGAAAACGCACGCGGGCGAGCGGCCGCACCGCUGCGGCGACUGCGGCAAGAGCUUCAGCCGCGGCUCCAACCUGACGCAGCACCGGCGCAUCCACACCGGCGAGCGCCCCUUCGCCUGCGGCCACUGCGGCAAAGGAUUCAUCCAGCGCUCCGACCUGGAGCGGCACCGGCGCGUCCACACCGGCGAGCGGCCGUAUUCCUGCGGCGAGUGCGGGAAAAGUUUCAGCGUCAGCUCCCACCUGGACCGGCACCGGAAAAUCCACGCGGCCGAACGCGAGUCCUACCGGUGUCCGGAGCACCUGGCCGGGUUUUUGGCGGCUCACCGCAACGGGAAGCUCUUCCAGUGCGGGCAGUGCGGGCGGUGUUUCGAUCAAGGCGCGGCGUUGUUGAAGCAUCAACGCGCUCACGGCGGCGGCGGCGCGGCGGCGGCAGCGGCAGAGAAAUGCCUGGAUUGCGGGAAAAGCCGGGGUUUGUGCCAGGAUUGCGGGAGGGAAGCGGAAGCGGCGCCGGAGAAGCCGUACGAGUGCCAGGAGUGCGGGAAAAGCUUCGGGCAGCGCUCGGCGUUGGUGAAACACCGGCGGAUUCACACCGGGGAGAAACCCUACAAGUGCCCGGAUUGUUCCAAAGGGUUCAUCCAAAAAUCCGACCUCACCAUCCACCGCCGGAUGCACACGGGGGAGAAACCCUACAAGUGCCAGGAGUGCGGGAAAUGUUUCAGCGUCUCCUCCAACCUCUUGACCCACCAGCGAACCCAUCUGGGGGAAAAACCCUUCCAGUGCUCGGAGUGCGGGAAGAGCUUCAUCCAACGCUCCGAGCUCACCAUCCACCGCCGCGUCCACACCGGAGAGAAGCCCUACAAGUGUCCGGAGUGCGGGAAAUGCUUCAGCCGCAGCUCCCACCUCAACCGGCACCAGCGCACCCACGCCGGCGACAAGGCCGGACGCGCCAAAGCCGCCGCGGCUUCUUCGGCGGCGCCGGCGUCGUCGUCCUCGCGGGCGGUUCCGGCUCCGGCGGUUCCCGGGGGUUUGGCUUUCCCGGCGUUCCCGGGCUCCUCGGCCGUGCCGGCGGCGUUGGAGCUGCCCUGGGCGUUGGCGUUGCCGGGCCGGGCGUUCCCGGGUUUUCCGGCGGGUUCGGUGGGUAAUUAA